AUGGAGGCCGCCGUCGGCGGAGCGUUGUUUCGCGGCCACCCGGUGCGCCUCAACAGAGCGAACUUUCCACGCGGGAAUGCGCUGUUCGCAGGGCAUUGCGGGAAGGUUCUAAGGCCCGCUUCCGCGUUCUCCGCGUCCGCCUCUCUCUCCGCGGACCCGCCACGCACAGCACCUGUAUUUAACGGCGCAGCACCAGCGACAGCCAAUGGGACCGCGCCAGCUGGCUCCGAUACAGUGGCAGCGGGGCGCGCGGUGGCGAUAUACGACACCACGCUCAGGGACGGUUCACAGAUGGUGGGAAUCACCCUCUCAGUGGCGGACAAGUUGCGUAUAGCGGAGCUCUUAGAGGAUCUCGGGGUUGACUAUAUCGAAGCAGGCUGGCCAGGAUCCAAUCCCAAGGACGCUGAGUUCUUCCAGCGGUGGAAAGCCCGGGAGGCAGCAAGGGAGGGGAUAGACAGGUUGACAGCAGCGGGAGGUGACAGUAACGAGGGGGAGAGGAGGCGGGCAAAGCUGGCGGCGUUUGGAGCGACUCGUUAUAAGAACACGACGUGUGAGAAGGACGCGAACGUGCAGGCGCUGGUGGAGAGUGGAGCGCCCGUGAUCACCCUCGUGGCCAAGGCGUGGGACGCCCAGGUGCUGAAGGUGCUGGAGGCGACGCUAGAGGAGAACCUGGCGAUGAUAGAGGACACGGUGCGGUAUUUCACUGCCAUGGGUCGCCACGUGAUGCUGGACGCAGAGCACUUCUAUGACGGCUUCUCCGCCAACCCCGAGUACGCCAUGCACUGUGUGCGGGCGGCAGCCAGGGCGGGCGCCAAGGAGAUAGUGCUGUGUGACACUAAUGGGGGCUCCAUGCCAUGGCGCGUGCAUGAGGUCACCCGUUUAGUGGUGGAGGAGCUAGCAAGAGGCGCAGCGGAGGGCGUGUGGGGGAGGGAUGUGGGAGUGGGAGUGCACUGCCACAACGACUGUGGCAUGGCCGUGGCCAACAGUGUUGAGGCCGUGCGGGCGGGAGCGAGAGUGGUGCAGGGGUGUAUCAAUGGGUACGGGGAGCGCACUGGCAACGCUGACAUUGUCACAGCCAUCGGGAUUCUCCAGGUGAAGCUGGGCUGCGACUGCCUGCCUCGGGAUUCGCUCGCCAGGCUGGCGGAGAUCUCCGGGGAGAUUGCGCGGGUGGCAGGCCAGCCGCCCAACCCCGCGCAGCCAUUUGUGGGAGCCAACGCGUUUGCGCACAAGGGGGGCAUUCACGUGGCUGCUCUCAGGAAGAUGCCUGAGAGCUACAACCACUGCGACCCAUCCGUAGUGGGCAACGCCAUGCGGUCAGUGGUCUCCGACUUAUCUGGCCGCGGCAACAUUCUCGACAAGGCGGAGCGGGCAGGGCUGGACCUGGGCAGGGAGGAGGCGGGGCGGGUGUUGGCGCGCAUCAAGCAGAUGGAGGCGCGCGGGUUCGCCUUUGAGAACGCCGCUGCUUCCGUGGACAUGCUGAUUGUGCGGCGAGGGGCACGCUACCAGAUCCCCUUCCACGUGUUGGAGUUCUCAGUCAUCUCCACCAACCAUCUGGGCGUGCCACAGCCCGUCAAAGGCAGUAGCAGCAGCAGCAGCAGUGGGGAGAGCAGUGAUUCCAGUGACGAGGAGGGAGGGGUGGAGGGGGUGCAGGGGGAGAGGAGGGAGAGGAGGAGGAGGGAGAGGGCGAGUGAGAGGGAGGAGGCGGCGUUGGUGGCGGAGAGUGAGUGGAUGGAGGGCGCCAGCUGUAACAGCCAGGCCAUCGUCAAGGUCCAAGUGGGCGGCAUCAGCCAGAUGAGUGCUGCGGAGGGCAACGGGCCUGUAGACGCCCUCAACCAUGCCCUGCGGGCCUCACUGGAUCCCCACUUCCCGCAGCUGGCGCAGGUGGAGCUGGUGGAUUAUCGUGUUCGCCUGCUGGAGCCCACUGAGAGGCGCAGCGGCACCAUGUCCACCACUCGUGUCACCAUCGACUUCUGUGAUAAGAGCUCCGAGGCCACGUGGACCACGGUGGGAGCGCACUCGUCCAUUGUGGAGGCCAGUUUCCGCGCGCUCAUAGACGGGCUCGAGUUCGGCAUUGUCAAUUGCAACGAGUGUGAGAACCACCCACUGGGAGGUCUCUCAUAUGUGGUAGUCAUGCCUGCCGAGCAAACUCCUCAAUCUCCUGCGGUAGUGCGUAAUGGCCUUUCUGUGCUGGGAGUUAUUCCUCCCCCUUCUAAGACAUACAGCGUGCCCAUCUCGCCGUUGCCACCACCCGCUUCUCCCGUGCGUAGUGUGGGUAUUGUAUACCCGUUCGAGCCGCCGUCGACUCCUGCUGACUGGGAGCCGCACCCGUCAAUUGUUCUCGUGCCAGGCGGUGGUGAAGGGUCGUCUAGACCCUCCGCAGCUUCACCGUCCACUGUGAGCAGCACCCCGGGGAAACGCCCGCGUGUGGGAACGAAGUACACGCAGCAGCGGCUAUGGGGAGCCCCGCCACCCCGCAAAGAAGCUUCACCGCAACGUCCAGUAGCGACCCAAGACGAGGCGCCCGCUAAAACUACCGGUGAUGUUGUCUACGAGACCAUAAAGCAUCGGUUUGAGACGGAGUGGCAGGGUAAAUUCAAGUGGUUGCGUCUUAUUCGGAUGCCUAACGGAGAAGCAAAACUCAAGUGUGACAUUUGUGUGCAGCAUGGCGACCCCGCAGCUCACACUAGCUACGGUAUCGACGUCACGCUCGUGUCUCAUCUCGUGGACCAGACACGGAUGCGCAUCAAGAACCGGUACUUAAACUUUGAGCCGGAUCAUCACUUCGGGAGUGGAGAGAAGAUGACACUGAACGACUUCAUUCAGCGUCAUCAGAAGAUGGACAAGCGGGAGGUGAAGGCAGAGGGCGUGGACAGUGACGCCAACCCUGUGGAAUUCAGCUAUAAACUGCACGAGAAUCCCAUCGAAGGGCAGGAGACGGAUGGAGAUGUAACGGCUUGUUUCGAGCUGUCGCUGAAGUUUGUGCGUGCUGUCGACAAGGAGCUGGAGUGGCGGAUGAAAGACCUGGAGGAGCUGGAGGGGUGUAAGCUAUUUCGAUCAGCCUCAUACGUACCUGACGACGCCAAACGUGUGGAAAACUUCAAAAAAUGGCUGGCUCAACUGCACAAGCUCUACAGGAAGAAGCUUCCAGGUAUGCUCGUAGACCUCAUGGUGUGUACCUGUCUGUUUUGA